AUGGGCGGAGAGAAAGCUUCGUCCCAAGCACACCAUGCGCUCAUUGAUCCCCUGGUGGAACCAGAUCCAAGUGACGUGACUGGACUGAACGCUCACUUUGGCUCAACCUUUGCCCCCCGUGAAAAACUGCCCACUCCUCCCCUCUCUGCCGGACUCAAAGGUAGCCCUUCCGCCAGCAUCCGCCCUCAAAGUACCGGUUCUUCCGUCGAGACCAACCCUUAUCGCCGUUCUAGAGCAUCUUCUGCAGCCAAAGAACCGAGAGUCCAGUUUUCCCAAGUCUCGCCCAAGCAAGGAAACGAUCCCCGGUCUCAUUACCCUUCCCCCCCAAACUCUGCGAGCCCCCGCAGGGAACGCUUCUCGGAUCAUCGCAGCGAGGCUUUUGCAUCUUCCAGCAGCAGUGGGCAUCCACGAAGAUCGAGUCAACCCAACCCGUUCAACGAUCCACCCAGGGAAGGCAAUCGCUUGGCCCGCAGCGGGUCCCUCCGCGAGCGAUACCCAGGCGAUCUGAGUCAUCGUCCUUUGGAUAUUAUCCGUAAAGAUACGAAGACCGCCCACCGUGCUCAUCACCUGAGGAAGAAGAACUUCCAGGGAGCCGAUAUCAUUGACCGUCUAGACAAGACAACCCCAAGCUACCACCAUGAAGGUCCAUAUGAUGCAGCCAACCUGUCUCGCAAUCUAAGCUACACUCAUAGCCCUGUGGCGGCCGUACAGGAAACCAACGAGGAAGCACUCAAAGCUACCCCCAGAGAAAACAUUAUCAAUACCAUGACUAAGCAUCACCCAAUUGACGGUGUCGCCUUCGUGCCACCCGGUGUUCCUGAUAGAUUCGGUCGCACCUAUGAUUACCAGGAAGGUACAGAUCUUAUGCGCGAGCCAGGUUACGACUACAAACGCUGGCCCGGAGUCACAUAUCAUCCGGAUGAUUUGAAGGGCAAGGGUGAGCCUUCCUUCACCAUCGAAAGGCAGCUUAAGGAGCGCAAAGCCUACGGCGAGACUGGAACUGAAAUGCAAACUCGGCGCCGAAAUGUCAGCUUCAGUGUGAAUGACCGACCCGAGAACAUUGUAUCCGGAGAUGUCGAUGGAAACGGCUUGGGACGAAGCAACACCACCGGGAAGAGCGUAGGCACCGCCCUGAAGAAGCGCUUUGGUAGUCUUCGCCGCCGCAAAGCAGACGCCUAG